AUGAAUGGCGCUCAUGUGAAAGAUGUGGAAAUGCGCAUCGAAACAUUUGGUGAGGAUAUUUCGUCGAAAGUGAUAAGAGAUAAGAAGUCAAGAUCAAAUUCGCCAAUAAAACAAGUGAAUAGUGAUGAAACAUCCGAACUGGAACGAAAAAAAGACUUCGAAAAAAUGGAAACGGAUGAAACUCAAUUAGUUCCAAGUGAAACUGAACAGGAGGAUGGCGAAGUAAGCGAUGAUGGUUCGAACGUUGCGGCUACCAUCGUCACCACCACCACUACUACUACUACUGUUAUUCCGGCUGCAACUGCAACUACUGCGACUGAUGAUGACGGUGAGAUCGUGGACGAUGACCAACAAAAGCAACCAGUAGCAGUUGAAAAGAAUCGUCGUCGAAGUAGCACCAACCAAGCCACUCCGAUUACCUCUGUACCGCUCAAGAAGGAGCCACCACCACCUGAAGAAUCUUCUGAAGUCACGAAAAAAUCCGCUCUGGAACGACUCAAAAACAUUAAGUUCAGUUCACGAUCAAAAGUUAGCGUUGGCAGCCCCUCGCGAGAGCGUCGAGAACGUGAACGAAAAGAACGGCAGCAGCAGCAGCAGAUUGUUCGUUCAACGCCAUCACCAGCAGCUGCCGCAGCAACGCGACGAGGUGAAAAUGAAAGAGUACGAAAGAGAAGAUGGGAAGAGCAUAGCACCGAAGAGGAUCGUCCAGCUUUGGGAUUAGCACAGCAACGAAACAUUGCCACUGAAAUGCAGCAGCGCAAUGCGCGUUUUGUACGUGAGCGAGCCUCACCAGCAGCAGUAGCAAUAGGACAAGGUAGUAAUGCACCACCGUCAAUGGGAAUACCUACACGUGCUUCGUUGUCAUCUUCGUGCGGUGGUACUGCUUCAAUGCUGAAACAACAACAACAACCGCACCGUGAUUAUGCAAUUUCUCAUCAAGCAUUUCACCACCACCAUCAGCAACAACCCAUUCAGCAGCAACAACCAUCACCAAUCCCAUCACAACAACAGCAACAGUCACUUGGUCUUAUCGAACGUCCAAUCGUUGAUCAGCCAAGCACUUUGCGGCAACGUAUCGAGCGUAUUAUUGCACUUAAUGAGGCUGAGGUAUCGAACAUGUGUGACACGGAACUGAAAUCGUUGAUAGUGAAGAUGUUCGAAAUCGAUCGUGAACAACAACGCUUAUAUAAGGGUAGACGUGCACAGAUCGAAACACUACAAGAGAUGUUCACACAAGCGAAAAAUGACGUGGAAAGAUUGCUGAAGUGUUUACCGAAUCAUAUGCGAUCAGACAUCCCACCGUUACCGACACAGCUGUCUCUUCUUCAAAGCGAAUUGAAUGCAACUGCAUCCGCAGGUGCAGCAAAUGCUACUCCAAACAACACCUCACAAGCACCGACCACUGCUGUUUCAUCGUCAGCCAACUAUAGCCAAAUGAAUGGCGGAGGAUCAUCAUCAGUAUCACAGUCAGUAUCCAACGAUUUCGCUGGUGCAGUAUGUCCACUGACUGCUGGUCCAGGAGUUGGUGGCGGUGGUACUAGUGGUGUGCAACCUCCACCACAAUCUUCAUCAUCAUCAUUCCCAAUCGCGCCAUCUUUACUAAACCGACCACCGAUGACCGGUGGAAUAGCAUCAGCAACUUCGGUUUCAUCGUCGGCUAGCGCAGCACCUUUUAUGAACAUGGCAAUGCCUCCCCCUCCUGCUCCUGGAUCACAGACAACGAGCACCUUAUCAACUGCCCAACAACAGUCACAACAAACUGGACCACCACUCGGUUAUGGGCAGCCGCUGGCCAUUAAUAAUCAGAAUACAUCGUCAUCAUCAUCACCUUAUCACCGCUUACCGCCACCACCACCAUCAGCUGAAAUUAUCACUACAACUUCAUCUUCGAUGCCAAAUCUUACGCAGCCACCCCCUUCAUUGCUCAGUAAUCAUCCGUCAGCUACUUCUGCUGCAGCAACUAAUAUAGCAACAGCUGAUUUUUCAAUACCACCACCAACACGGACAUCGUCACUGGAUGCAACGCAAACGCCUCAUUCAUCAACAGCAAACACACCAAUCAAACAACAACAACAGCAACAGCAUCAGUCUACGGCUUCAUCACCACUCGAUCAUCAUUCCACCACUCCCACAAGUUCAACAACUGCAACGUCUUCGUCUGCACUAGUUGGUGUACCUAGUGGAGUAUUGCAAUCGAGUAGUACGGCUGCUAUUGGCUGUGUCACCACUGCGGCGCAUAUCGAUGCAGAAACGUUGACUUCAUCAUCUGCUGUCGUCAGUUUGCCUCAUUCGGUGAAUCUUUCGAUGCCGCCACCCAACUUCCAGUUACCACCGCCAUCAGUUGCGGCUGCUUCAGGUGGUACUGCUACUGCCACUUCUGCUUCCGGCUCACCCUAUUCUGGACCACCGCCGCCGCCUUCUGCGCAUAUACCACCGAAUACGUCUCUGCCGCCACCGAGUCGUGGCCCUCCGGCUGGGGGUGGUGUUGGUGCUCCACCAAAUGUGAUGGUUGGCCCAAUGAGUGCGCCUCCUCCAUCGUCAUCAUCAACAAGUAUGAGUAUGAAUAUGAAUAUGCCCGGAGCACCAUUAUCUUCAUCUGCUGGGAUGAUGUCGAGUGGAAGUCAUCAGCCGCCAUCUCAUCACCAACAGCAUCCGUCUGUCUCGACACAACCACCACCCGCAUCCGCAGCACUAUCAGCAUUGAACUGUCCACCACCCAAUAUGAAUUGUCCCCCGCCAAACAUUCCUCCUCCGCGCCCUGCUGGAGUGAGCUUGACCUCGGGUACUGGUGCAGGAACAACAGCUAGUGGUGGUGCAACAACACCUCAAGCUGCCGCAGUCGUCCAUCAGAUGAUGUCUGCCAUAUGUAACCGUUCUGCAGCAAGCGGUCAAACACCCGUUGAAGUUGUCACUGAACUUAUUGCGAGUGCCUAUAAUCGUGGCGGUCCCGGUCAAGCUGCAGCUUACGGUGCACCACCGCCACCAGGAGGUGGACCAGCACCACCCGGUUCGAGAAUGGCAUUGCCGCCACCCGGUUUGAUGCAGUCCAUGCAACAAGGACCGCCGCCAUCGUCAAUGCAUCCCCAUCCUCCUCCUCAUCAUCAUCCAGCUCCAAUGCCUCUAAAUGCAAUUGGCUCUGCUAAAUUGCCAACCGUGAAUUUGACUUCUGUUGUUGGUGGUGCUUCAUCGCACUCGCAUUCACUCUCAAGAGGGCCGUCCGGUGGUAAUUAUCGUGGUUAUUUGGGUGGUGGUGGUGGUGGAGGUACGGGGAGUGCUCAAAGUGCUGGCAAUGCCCAUAAUCGUUACGGCAAAGCUUCUGCUAAUGCUGGUGGUGGCGCAGCUUCUCGUUCCACAGCACAUCAACAACAACAGCAGCAGCAAUCACAACGAAGACAAAUCAGCGAUAUGGUUGCGAUUAUACCAGAUGAACACGAUACUUGUGAUUCAGAAGAGCAACAAGAUGACAGUAAUAUAUUUCUGAUAGUCUCAGACGAAGAAGAGGAUAAAUGA